GUCAACUUUGAUACUAAAGACGAGAGACACAAGGCAGAACACCGCGAAGUACAGACUGAACAUGUUCCUUAAAAUUAUAUUUAUUUUGUCUACAGCAGCCUGCGUCGAGGCUGAAGGAAGUCAUACACUUUGUCACAUCUAUGGAUGUUUUGACUCUAGUGAUACUCAAAUCUGUACAGCAUUUGAUGGUGAUGAAAUAUACUAUGCAGACUUUAAUAAAGAUCUUCUGAUUUGGGAGAGCAAAAUUGCCACAAGUUUUCGUUCACCCGACGCUUACAAAUAUGCAGUAUUAUAUCGAAGCAUGUGCAAAAAUGACAUCUACAGAUGGAAGCCAGACAAGUCUGUAAUAAAGAAAAAAGAGCCACCAGAAUUCAUCAUCUACCCCAGAGAUGAAGUGAUAACAGGGGAAGAUAAUACCCUCAUCUGCUUCAUCAACCGCUUUUUUCCUCCUUUGAUCAACAUUAAGUGGACCAAGAAUGAUGUAGUAGUAACAGUGGAAGACCCUUUCAUCAAAACUUUGUCCAAUCCUGAUGGGACCGCUUAUGUUUUGUCCUACCUCAACUUUGUGCCAGAGAAAGGAGACAUCUACAGUUGCACUGUGGAACAUGAAGCACUGGAUGAGCCUCAGACCAGGUUUUUGGAGGUUGAAACAGAUGAGAUCAGCAAAGGUCCAGCUGUCCUCUGUGGAUUUGGCCUGAGUGUUGGAUUGCUUGGAGUUUUCAUAGGAACCUGCUUUUUUUUUAAAGCAGUGCACUCUGGUCCCACUGCUUGAGAUGUAUACUACAUAUUGUAUAGAGCUGCAUAAUCCUUCGUUUGUUUCCAGCAGGCAUAACUUUCAUCUGUGGUUACUGACAAACCUCAAGUGUCUCGUAUUUGCAUCACCUGUGUAAUGGCGUUAAUGGCGUCGUUCUUUGGCUGAUAUGUCAGUGUUUCUAUAAUAAAACUUUCGCUUUCA